AUGUCAGGUCCCGCUGCACUUGCGGCGGCGGCGGUGCAAGGCGGUGAGUGGCCCGACGAGGCACGCGAACGCUGGUUUCCCCAACCCCAUGUUGGUGGAGGCCGUGAACUGCAUGCCGUCACAUCAGACUAUGACAGGUAUGUCGGAGCCACUGGAAAUACCCCGCAAACCGUGGGCCAGCACGUUGCUGGGCCAGCCGUGGUGCCGUCGUCGAACCACAACACUGCCGGUGGGCAGAGGGGGAAUACGCUAGGUCUGGUAGCUCAUUGCAUGCACACCGUUGGUGUGCUGACCUCUCACCUUGGGGGCACAACGUUUCUCAGCAUCUUCCUUGCCGUGUGUGUGGCCAAUUGGCUUUUUGUGAUUCUGGCAAUGCUACUUUUUGAACUGGAUAUGACGGACAAUGGUUGUUACACAUUUUGGGGCAACAUGGAUGAUUGUGGCACGAUGAGCUACUCCAACCGCACGCAGUUCUCAGCCUGCAAUGAUUUGAGGCUACGGUUGAACAUGGGCGGCGCUUUUUCGGCCAUUUUCGCCUUUUUUAAUGCUGUUGUGAUAUUUCUUAUCUUCAGAGCGUUGGUGGACCAUCACGAAGAGAGCAGGGAACGCAGGUCUGCCGAAGCUUCCUCCCGUGAAGAAGAACAUGGCCAGCAGCAGAGCCGAGAUGUGGUAGUAUCCUCUAAUUCCAAGAUGUGGACCACUCUAUUCUUAGUUGCGGCGCUGGCGUCCGAGGUGGUUUUUUGUGUAGUGUCAGUUAUAGUCUACAACUUCCACCACUGUGAGAAGGCCCUACCUCGCACCACGACUUACCUCGUGGGACUCGGCCUGUUGGUGGCGGGGUGGACAGCGGGGGUCAUCGCUUUGGUAUUGUUUCUUGUUGUAAUGUAA